AUGAUCUGCUGGAGUCUCUUCUACUUCCUCUUCUUCUCACAAUCUCUCCUUCUAAUUUCAGUCAUCACCAGUUCAGCUGCUGUAGCCUCUCCAGCAGCGACUUACCUCCUUCAGUUCAGAGACAGUCUCCCUUCCCAGUCUCAGCAUCUCCUGCAAUGGAACAACCUUUCUUCAUCUCCUUGUCAAUGGCGUGGAGUUUCCUGCUACCCAGACACUCCAACCCCACAAAUCAUGUCCUUGAACUUCACAAGCCUCGGUCUUUCUGCCGACCUCAACCACUCUGUUUCGUAUCUCUGCCUCCACGAAGCCCUCGUAUCUCUCGACCUUGGUCUCAACAAUUUCACCGGAAUCCUUCCACCUCAGCUCGGGAACUGCUCGCAGCUCGACACCAUCGUCCUCGGGAUUAACCAGUUAGUGGGUCCCAUCCCGCCGGAGCUUUUCCAGUCCAAGAAGCUGACGGUGCUGGACCUCAGCUACAAUGGUCUCUCCGGCGAAAUCCCGAAACAGGUAGCCUCCUGCACUAGUCUUCAAUACCUUGGAUUAGAGAACAAUACUUUAGAUGGGGAGAUUCCGAUUGAGCUGUUCACUCUUCCCAAUCUGGAAACUCUGUACCUUAUCUCCAAUCGCUUUACCGGGUCGCUCCCUGAUUUCCCACCUUCAUGUGCUCUUUCCAAUUUCUGGGUCUCUGAGAAUCGGCUCUCUGGAUCUAUCCCUGUUUCCCUGAGAAAUUGCCGGAAUCUUACUCAGUUUGUUGCUUCGGGUAGUGGUCUAGCUGGUGAGAUGGAGGCUGAGAUCUUCACGGGUCUUGUGCAGCUUAGAAAGCUUGCUCUGGAUAGAAACAAACUGGAGGGAGAAAUCCCGGAGAGCUUGUGGGCUAUGGGGAAUUUGGAGUGGAUUGAUUUGUCGACUAACCAGCUGAGCGGCACUCUCUCUGAGAAGAUAGCUCAUUGCCAGCAGCUAAACAGUCUUGCUCUUUCUUGGAAUCAGUUAGUUGGCCAAAUUCCUCCUUCCAUUGGUGAUCUCAAGAACUUGAAUUACUUGUAUCUCUCCGGCAACAAGCUCAAUGGCACCUUACCUCCACAGCUUGGCAAUUGCAGCUCGCUUAUUGAUCUCAGACUGGACGAUAACCUGAUUGAAGGGAGCAUUCCACCUGAAAUUUCGCUUCUUGAAGGACUUGAGGUUCUGUAUUUGUUCCAGAAUGGAAUUACUGGCGAAAUCCCCAGGCAGAUUGGUGGGUUGAAGAGGUUAAAGGAGUUGGCUCUCCAUGAAAACAAGCUGCAUGGUGGAAUCCCAUCUGAGAUUGCCCAGCUGACACAGCUCGAGUUUCUUUCUCUGGCUCAUAACAACUUGACUGGAGUUAUACCAUCUGAGCUUGGGAAGUACUCUCCACUUGUGAAACUUGAUCUGAUUGGAAACUCCCUUUCUGGUCCAAUUCCAUCGAGUUUAUGCGCAGGAAACAAGCUUUCAGUUCUUGUCCUUGGCCACAACCAGCUUAAUGGCAGCUUUCCAGUUAGUAUUGGUGCGUGUUCAUCUCUUUAUAGGUUGAUUUUGAGCCAUAAUCAGCUGCAAGGGGAAAUACCGGCGAAUAUUGGAAAGAACAACAGAUUAAGUUACAUGGAGAUUACUUCAAAUUUGCUUGAAGGGACCAUACCACCAGUUCUUGGCUACUGGAGCAAUCUCUCCACGAUUGAUUUUUCAGGAAACAGACUCUCUGGCUCUAUCCCGCCCGAGCUUGGCAAACUCGCCAAGCUCCAUAGGCUAAAUCUUUCUUCUAAUGUAUUGACAGGAAGUAUUCCUCAAGAGCUGAGCAAUUGUACUAAAUUGAUGGAACUUGAUCUUAGUGGGAAUACCAUUUCAGGAGGUAUUCCUCCUGACAUCAUGACACUGGAAAGCUUGGAACUUUUCUUCCUGAGUGAGAACAACCUCACUGGAGUGAUUCCCGACUCGUUCUCUCCACUCCAGAAUCUUCGCUCGCUGCACCUCGGCAGCAACAUGCUUGCAAGCCCUCUUCCUUGCAGCCUGAGCAGAGUCCGCCAGUUUAGUUUAGUUCUCAAUGUCAGCCAUAACCAUUUCUCUGGUCAAAUCCCAUCAUGCCUAGGGAAUCUGGACGACUUGGAAGCUCUCGAUCUCUCGAGCAACAAUUUCUCCGGUGAGAUACCUAGUCAACUGAAGAAUAUGGCAGCCCUCAACUUCUUCAACAUAUCAUUCAACGAGCAACUCUACGGCAGAAUCCCAGCUUCUUGGGAAAAAAUAGCAGCUAAACAUCCAGGAUCUUCCCUUGGAAAUCCUGGGAUUUGUAUUACAAGCAAUGACACAAGGUGUGGCAGGAGAGAAAGACAUGGUCAUAUGAGCAGUGGUGAAGUAGCUGCUGUUGUUAUCACAGUGAUCGGUACUAUCGCAAUAGUUUGUGCCAUGGUUUAUGUGUUCAUCAUGCGUGUGAUUCACCAGAAACUUAAGCGUGACCAAUCACUUCUCCACGAAUCCACAAUGAGAUCCGAAAGCUUACCAGAUGAUCUGAGGUUUGAAGACAUAAUCCGUGCUGCUGAAAGCUGCAAUGAGAUAGGAAGAGGGAGACACGGGACAGUUUACUGGACAGAAUCUGUGCACUCCAGAAAGAAGUGGGCUGUCAAGAAGGUGAAUAAUCUUUCUGAAUCGGACUUCAUCCAUGAGAUAAGAAUCCUGAACAUGGCGAAGCAUAGAAAUGCAGUGAAAAUAGGGGGAUACUGCAUUGCAAAGGGAGAUUGUUUCAUUGUCACUGAAUACAUGCCUGGAGGGACGCUGUUUGAUGUACUGCACAGAGAGCAAUCCUGGUUGGUUCUGGAUUGGGAGGAUAGAUUACGCAUUGCACUCGGUAUCGCUCAGUGCCUUUCUUACCUUCACCAUGACUGUGUGCCCCAACUCAUUCAUAGGGACGUGAAAUCCGACAAUGUGUUACUGGAUUCAGACUUGGAGCCCAAAGUUGCAGACUUUGGAAUGGCGAAGUUAGGUGUUCAUAAUUAUCCUGAUGGUGAGCAGUCUAGCUCAACAGUAUCCAAGAUUAUUGGCACCCUUGGGUACAUGGCUCCAGAAAAUGCAUACUCAACGAAGCUGACAGAUAAAGUCGAUGUGUACAGCUACGGAGUGAUUUUGCUAGAGCUGGUCUGCAGAAAAAUGCCUGUUGAUCCAAGCUUCGAGGAAGGCCAGGACAUUGCUUGUUGGGCGAGGAAGAAUGUAGAAGGGAAGCAUGAUGGUGAUGACGAGGGUAGCAACUUUAUAAAGUUUGUUGAUAAUGAAAUCAGGUCUUGGGAUCCAGAUCAGCAAGAGAAGGCUAAGAAGCUACUGGAACUGGGACUUGAGUGCACUCAGCCAGUGCCUGAAAUGAGACCCUCCAUGAGGGAUGUUGUGGCUUCUCUUCUCAAGUUGGGAGACGCCAAUUCAUCAAUAAGGUUUAAAUGACUCCCCAGUUAAACUGGACGCUAAAAACAGCAAAUGUAAUCGUCGUGAUUUGGGACUACCUGUAGUAUGCGAAAGUAAGCAACACUGAAGUAUAAUAGGACCACUGUAUUAGGAUUACUUGUAGCAUAGGAAAGUAAGCAACACUGAUGUAUAACAGGACCACUAGAUUAGGGUUCCAAAAAGAAAGCAUGAUCACAGUACACAGCAGAAAAUUGCAGAAAGAUGGAAAUCUACAUUAUUUAGCCCCUCGGUUGGAUUGUUAUCACGGUACCACUGGACUAGAGUUCCAAGGUAACAGAGAGGUGGCCCAGCUGUGGGUGAAAACAG